AUGCUGGAAGAAUCCUUUGCGACUGAGGACCUCAGCGGUAGUAGUGAUCUCAUCGACAUACACUUCAUCAUAUCGGACAAUCUGCUGACAGAAGCAUGGACGGUAGCUAAGGAGCCGAAACCAACGGAAAAACGGUUUACUGACCGAUGUCGGGAUGGCCGAUUGGCCAGCCCACAAUCACGCCGCUCACGCGUGUCAAACAGCAUUACCUGGUUUCCACCUGAACAGGGGUUGAACGAAAACGUGGGGACACAAGGUGACCUCAAACCUCGUUCGUCACCCCCGACGGAAUUCAUUCCGUCAUACCAACUCCCCGAGGGAAGGAAACGUCCCGAGGAAGACACCAAUGAGCAGCUUACAGCAAACUUAAAGAGCGCCCAGCUUCGUAAUCCAAGGCCACGCCCACGAGGGAGGAAUGGUCCCCUGGAGGCCACUGGGACCCCUAAAAAAUCCAGCAGCCCAAGUUAUGAGCCUCCUCCAAGACCACAGAAGAGGAGGCGUUUGAGAAAUUUCAUAUCCCCCAGUAGCCCUCUCCCGCCGGAAAAGUCACAUUCGGCUGUCAAUACCUCCGCUCCAGUUCCAAAAACUUCCCGGAGGCGCAGGGCAGAACCACCGGCAAGUCCAAAGUGCAACAUCGAGCCAAUCAGAUCCCCAGUUUUUAUAAAAUUUCAGUCCAAUAGGGAUGCCGGCAGAAGCCCUGAGACAGCUGUUGAAUAUACGCAACAAAGCGUGGCUAGAGCACAUGCGGUGGCUCAAGUGAAAGUCUUGCAAAAUGCUUACGUUGCCACCACGGUCACUGGGGUCUCACACGAUGUAUGCGGAGGAAAAGACAAGCUGCGAGUUGAAAAAAGCCGCCUCUGUAUGGCCACCCAGGAUCGAAAGCACAGACGCUCGUUCAAGCGGUCUCAUGCGCAAAAAGUUCCUCCUUCUCUUCUACGCGAGCCAAUCAUCUACAGGCAGAUUGAUACCUACACCCCCACGGUGUCACAGUCCCCUCUCAGAGCUUCGAGGGCCGCCCACCCCUGCGUUGAAAACUGGACUCAGUAUGAGGACACCGAACUGAAGGAUGUCUCCGGACGAGAGGGCGGCAAGCGUUCGUAUUCUCAGUUAAUAGAAGUCCAGGUUGGCGACAAACGAUCGCAGAAUGGCCAAAGAUGUGCUAGGGAUAAAUUGCCCGACAGAGAGAUUGAUGUGGAGAAUCGAUCUUCUUCCUACAGCGAGUUACAGACAACGUUUUCACCUGUCAAACACAGCCAGGAACUGCACAGAAGCGUUUACUGGAUGUUCAUCCCACUAAAAGUAGUUGAUAGUCAACAAGAUUUGGAAUGCAAAUGCAUAAAUUGUCCCCAGGUUUGCACUUGUACGGCUGAUUGUGACUCGACACAGGCCUGCGAAGCGGGGCUGCAGACAUAG